GAGGGUGCAGUGAAGGUGGCUGGCUCUAAAGCUAAGUGUCAGCUCGUCAGUAGUGUUGUGGUGCCGAUAGUGUCGGGUGUACACGCACAACUCUGAACACCGUGUCCCUCUCUCUCUCUCGCUUCCCUUGGCACCUGUGGCUGCGUGGAACAUCCUAGAGAAGGACCUGCGACCUUCCCUCGGCAAGUAGGAUGGCGACCCACAGCGGAGGUGAAGCAGGCACCUGAGGGCCAACAGUCUGUAGACAAAUAAGUCUAAAAACACAACGUCCGUUGUCACCGCAGUUGCAGAAACGGCGAGGGUGCACGUAGAAAGCUUGUGUGUGUGUGUGUGUGUGACAGAGAGAGAAAGAGAGAGAGAAGCGAGAGAUACUGAGACAGUGAGAGUCAUGUGAAGGUUGACAGAAAAGAUAAGAAUAAAAAAAAAUGGAUGAUGUCUUAGCAUCCUCGUAAGGAUACAUCACCUUUCGGCUCUGUUCACCUGGAAGGAUAGUUUUACUUAUUUUUAAUUUCAUUUAUUUAUAUAUUUUUUGAAGGAUCACUGAAAUAUCAGGAAAUAAAGGAAGGAAGAAAACAUCCAAAGAAGAGGACCAAAAGGUCAUCAAUGUGAGAUCUAUAAAAAUGGCAAGAGACUAACGCCGGCGCCUGAACUCAAACCAAAAAUGACCUCACUCGGAGAUCCCGGCGACCCGGCGCGGUCCCGCUGACUCAUUCAUCAGAAGCGAGAAGAAGAGAAAGAUGGAGGUGGUGUCUUCGACUAAGCUCUCCGCAUGGACAAUGGACGGGAGGGGAGAAAGAGAGUGAAAACGAUGUGGUUUAUUGGGAAAGGCAUGGAAUCCGUAAAGAAAUAAGAUGAAGCGGGAAAGCAAAGAUUCUAGUUCUUUGAGAACGACGACCGGAACUUGUUUCACCAAACGUGGCCAACAGAAAACUUCCUAAAGCUGAAGUAUAACAUGCCAAGGCAGUCAUGACUUCUCUCGUCAGGCCACGCUUUGCAAACAGAACUGUCAGAACGAAGGUAGGACACGGUGACAGAACAUAAAUUAAAAAGAAAAAAAAUAGAAAACUACUGAAAAUUAACUUAACUCUGCAUGAAAGUACAUUUACAAAACACAGAAUAACACUUUACGACUUACAUAUCACAGAAAACUCUGAAGUUGUGCUAAGUGUUCGCUCACUCGGAUGCCAAAGCAAAGUGAUUGUGUUACGAGUGAGUAAAAUCGACCAACAAAAAACUCAGGGGUAACAGAGAACGAUAAUCCUCUUACAACUUUAGAAAACCCCACUCCAAUUUUCACUCAGUAGAUUCUAUCCGGCGUUUUUACCUCGAGAACUCUACCGCCAUGAGUGAGGAUGGAUCCAGGCGACCUUCCAUCGCCACCAUAUUCAAUCCCCGGGGACGCAGUUCGGCUCCGCCUCGCCCCUCGGUGGUCGUGACCGACGAGGAUUCCCCGGGACCGCCCUUGCAACUCAGCAAUGGGGCUGGGAUGAGGGUGGGAUCUGCCGGUUUGGGCGGAGGGGGUAGCGUCACGCCUGUAGGAAGCCCAUCCAUCAACCUGGCAUCGCCAAUACCGCCCGCAGAUCCGGAAUCUGGUUCGUCGUGCGGUGCAAUUACCGUCCCCAACCGUCGGUCUUAUAUCCCCAUAGAAAAGUCUUCCGUCGGAGAGAGCACCAGAGAGUCUCAUCCUUCACGAUGUACAAGGUUUAGAAAAGCCGUCUUCUCAAAAACAACAAGAAAGAUAGUCGUCGGGUGGGUAGUGACGUGUUGCGUUACGACCUCCUGGGUGGGAGCUACGCAUCUCCUUAAAGACAUGUACUUGCGACAGGCCCUGUUCCCAGGGCCCGUGGCAACGCCAGCACCGAAUUCGACACAGGAAGUCAAAGUCCUUAUGGUCCAGAAAGCUGUGUUCGACGCCCCGUUCUUCACGACGUGGUUCUGCACGGCGUGGACAGGUCUUUUCUUCCCUCUCUACCUGGUGUGCCACUCCUGCCUCAGGAGAGACAAGUCGUCCCUGAAGCUCACCCUCAAGACGAUCGCUCAGAAUUUCAGGGACAGAGGCGUCACCUUCAGUAAAUUCAUGACCAGAUGCUGCCUGUUCUGUCUACUGUGGGUGAUCACAAACUACAUGUACGUUUACUCGCUGCGCAUCCUGGACUGCACGGAUGUCAUGGCUCUAUACUCGGCACAUGUGUCGUUCGUGUAUCUGCUCUCCUGGGUCAUUCUGCACGACCAGUUCGUCGGUGUUCGGAUCGUGGCUGUCAUCCUAUGCAACACGGGUAUUGCGUUGCUGGCUUACAUGGACGGAAUCACCAGAACCAAAACGCUUGGAGGCGUUGUACUCGCUGCUGCAGCCGCUGCUGGAUCGGCCGUCUAUAAGGUUCUGUUCAAGAAAGUGAUAGGCGAGGCGAGUUUCGGCCAAGUAAGCCUGAUCUUCACCGUCAUAGCCCUUCUGAACACGAUUCUCCUGAGCCCCCUAGUCGCUGCUUUCUACUUCAGUGGUUACGAAGUCAUCAUCUGGAGUCAUCUCCCGUGGCGAAAUCUCCUCAUAGCUGCUGCUCUCUCUUUAGCUGCUAAUCUGCUUGGUAACUUUGGUGUAGCUUUUACCUUCGAGAUCUUCAUCACCUUGGGUCUUGUGCUGGCGGUACCGGUGUCGGCAGUGCUGGACGUCAAGUGGUACGGCGUGAACUUCGAGGGCAUGAAACUAGCGGGCGUUGUGCUGAUCGUGUGCGGAUUCUUCCUGGUGCUCUUCCCAGCUAACUGGCCCGAGUACAUCACCAAAUUGCUCCGUUGGGGUCGCCACAGAAAACGUAACCAGCCUCGCCAGCAACAGGAACCGGUGGACUACAGGACUGGUCUCAUCUCCCGAUCUCACCUGCGAUCCCCAUCUGGACUGAUACGAUAAAUCUCUAGCAUGCCAAAUUCAUCACUAUUUAUACUUUUUAAUUUUUUGUAUUCAAAAUAUCUGGGUUAAGAUCUUGGUAUACUACCUAAACAAUUAUUUCUGAAAUGAUUCACAUCCUGAUUUCUUACGCUGAUUAAAAUUGCAAAUCUUCACAUACAUAAAUUAUGUCAUUCACGAAAAAUUAAAACUUUGGCCCAUAAUUGCGUCUUCGAUUUGAAAAUGCAGUGAGAGAAAAUAAAACAUAAAGCGUAAUAAUACUAAAAUUUUAAGCGAGUUUUAUAUCUAGCAUCAAUUCAUUAUUACAGUGCGUGACUAACUCAUAAACAUAAGACUAGCAGAACCAGUCAGAUCGAUUACAGUCUAAAUAUGAAAUGGAUGUUUUAAACGUGUGUUGAUUCUUAGUUUACUGGUGGCAUCUGGUGCUGUUCUCAUCAAUACAUAUUCAAAGACACUUUCACGGCCACCGAAAAAGAUUAGCAAGUAUGAUGAUCGACUUACUGGGAUUGUAACACUUUCUCUAAUACUAAGUUUAAAGCCAUACAGAUCCCUGACGUAUCUAUGAAAAAAUGCCUGUACAGAUAUCUACGUUUAAUAUGCCUCAUGAUGUCUGCUUGCCAGUAAAGCUGAACGCAUAAGAGAUAAGAAUUCUCCCUUUGAUAAUUCCAAAGGACUCGGUUCAUUAAACACUAUUUCUAAUAACGUACAGGUCACAGGACACACACUCACAACAUUGUGCUUUCGGGAGAUUACAGGCUCAUGCUGUUGGAAGGAACUGUCAAAACCUUUUGUAAAAGUCUCUGGUGCAAUUAAUUCUAAUGUUCAGUUUAUGAGCAACUGCUGUCUGUGAGAAAUCAAUGUAAUUUGGUGGAAUAAUCUUGAACCACCAGUCUCCAAAAACCUAGUCAUUCAAUGAAGAGCUUAAUGUUAAAUUGGCAACUUUGGUAACUUUUGGAAUUAAUGUCAGUGCACCCUUAGGUAAAUACAAUUAGAUAGUGUAUUGCGGCGAUCACUAAUAUUUUUGUAAUUAACGUUAUACUUCAUCCCAUACGUUGCAGAUUGGCCACAUCCGCUUUCCAAAAGGCAAAUUCAUUCUUUUCAGAGUUUUAACAUCGACUGGCUGUAGAAACGUAGGCUAUAGGUGCUUCAUGCAGUAGAACUGUAUCCAGCAAGAUUAACUCAAUUUUAUCUAACAGAAGUCUUUCAGGCUCACCAAAGAAACUACGUACAAUAAAUAAAGAGACAACUUGAAAUCAAAACAAGUUGUUUGAAAAGUUUGUCUUCAAAUCUUAUUACUGUUAAAAGAAAAAUUCCUUAGCAUCAGUGCUUUAGAGGGUUGCUGCUACUAAAAUUAGUCCCCCGAAACUGCCACCACUAAUUAUUCAAUGUUACACAGUACUUAUAAAUGGAAAAAAAAAAUAUUGACGCACUAAGAGACGAUACAGAAAGUAAUAUUCAUGAACAUGACAGGAUUUUACUAUUAUCAAUUACAAUCGGGAGACCAACAUUUCGUCAAAUUGCGGAACUUUAACUUAUGCUUUUUUUUUCUUUUUUUUUUUAAAUCUACAUGGCAAUUUAUUAACAAUCGUCAGUAACACCUAAAUACAUUCUCCACGCAUAAUAAUAACGACAAAGAACUUAUAGUUAUUUAGUUAUUCAGUUUCUAAGCAUUACAAAGUAAAGCUAUUGCAGUGAAUCAUAUAAUAAAUUAAGACCAACAUUCUUUUUUAAAUACACCCUAAAGAUGAACAAUAAAACUAAAUACAGGCAUUGGUAACUCCACAGAAUUCAAAAUUUCCCACGCACGUACCGAUUACGGGCAGCCGCCCACACUUAUGACAUAUGUAAUACAAAAGAUCGGACAUUUAAAUUUUCCGUGCAAAUCACUCAAACUGCAGAAAGUCUUUACGGAGUUCAUAAAUGGCUACAAAUAAACACGCAAACUGAUAAUAGCUCACAUUUCUCGGUUUAGAAUCAGCACCGCUCAGAAUCAAUCGCACACAAUACACGUAAAUAAAACAUCUGUAACAUUUCCAAAGAGUUUGUAGAAAGAAGCAGAGCUUGACAGACCAUAAACUAUAGGUUAGUUGGUUUGGAUCAAGCCAGCCUUAAGUCAGCACAGGACCUUAAUCAAAGGUAGCCCGUAAACGCAUAAACUGUACUUAUAACACUCCACGGUAAAAAAAAGAAAAAAAAAUGUACAAAUUUAUAAGUAAUUUCAAAAAAUUUCAUGGCGUCAUUUCAAAGAUGUUCUGUUUUACAGUCGUUCCAACAAUUUACCAUAGUAUAAUAUAGAAACGGUCAACACGAAAAAUACUUAUAAAUCUGAUUUUCUUUUAAUGAUUAAGCUACUUCAGGCUAUGAAUUGAUGCAUGAAUUUCAUAAGGCAUGUGCUUUGAACUUUGAUACUUUUCCAGUUUCCAACGCUGAUGUAUAUUUGAAUUUGAACUACUGUAGCGCUCGACACAUGGACUGCACAAGACCAACGCUGGACUGCAAAAGACCAACAUACGAAUACAAGAGAUCCUAACCAUGAAUUUUGAAGAUUGCCACAAGAGCAAAUAUCCUGGAAUUCUGUAGCAUUUUGGCGACUUAGCACAUAACAACGAUUUUUUUUUCUUCUUUUUACACGUUGGAGGCAAAACUACCACAACCGCGUUCAACGAAGAGCCGUAGGGAAAGCACGAACGUGAACGACUUCCAUUUUCACAACUGCUAUAUUAAAAACACAAACGAGUAUCUAAGUCCGAAGCUUGGCGAUAGGAUGACGCCAAAAACGUGCGCCAUCACCUUGAAAAAGACACUAUUGUAAACGUGUUCCCUUCCCCUCGAUCUAAUGCCUCCAUCUAGUAUUCAUUAGUAAAGAACUAACCCGGCUCAGAUCUGGAAAUACCUUGAAAAUAUGGCGAAAUAUUUUUCUUUAGAAGAAAUACCUUUAGGACCCUUUUUAUUGUAUUAAUAAUAAAAUUUCCUCUCAAGUCACGCCCAGAAUAAUCUAGAUCUUUGAAAUCUUUAAACUUGACGUUAGAAUGAAUCAAAUUUCCUCGCGCAUGUUUAAA